AUGCCUGGUGGGUACAAAGGGGAAUGUGGGGACAAUGUGGAUCCCAUGCCCUUCCUGGCACCUCCCGACAAGGAGAGGAUUGAAGCCAUGAACAAACCCUACGACAUUAAGAGGUCCUGCUGGGUCAAAGACGAGAAGGAGGGCUUCAUCCCUGGGGAGAUCCAGUCUGAACAGGGUGACCAAGUCACUGUGAAGACCAUCACCAACCAGACGGUCACCGUGAAGAAGGAGGAUAUCCAGCAGAUGAACCUGCCCAAAUUCUACCAGGCCAGUGAAAUGGCAGACAUGACCUUCCUGAAUGAGGCCAGCAUCCUGGACAACCUGCGCCAGCGCUACAUCAACAUGAGGAUCUAUACCUACUCGAGCCUGUUCUGCGUGACAGUCAACCCCUACAGGUGGCUGCCCAUCUACGGGGCCCGCAUGGCCAACAUGUACAAGGGCAAGAAGCGCACAGAGAUGCCGCCCCACCUCUUCUCCAUCUCUGACAACGCCUACCAUGACAUGCUCAUGGGUGCGUGGGGGCAAGGGCUGCUGGGGCUGGGUGGAGAAUCCGGAGCUGGCAAGACUGAGAACACGAAGAAGGUGAUCCAGUACUUCGCCAACAUUGGAGGGACUGGCAAGCCCUCCGAUAAGAAGGGCCAGGGGUCCCUGGAGGAUCAAAUCAUCCAGGCCAACCCUGUGCUGGAGGCCUUCGGGAACGCCAAGACCACCAGGAACAACAAUUCCUCUCGCUUCAUAAGUGUGAACCCAGGGGGCAAGUUCAUCCGGAUCCAUUUCGGAACUACAGGCAAACUGGCUGGAGCUGACAUCGAGAGCUAUCUCUUAGAGAAAUCUCGUGUCAUCUCACAGCAAGCAGCUGAGAGAGGCUACCACAUUUUCUACCAGAUUCUCUCAAACAAGAAGCCUGAACUUGUUGAGAGCUUGCUGCUGGUCCCCAAUGCUAAGCAAUACCACUGGGUGAGCCAAGGCGUCACUGUGGUGGACAACAUGGAUGAUGGGGAGGAGCUGCAGAUCACAGACAUGAGUGGCGGCAGUCCCAUGGCCUCUGCCACGUGGGAUGAGAAGCCAGGAGUCACGUGGCUUCUCCUCCCUGUUGCUUUGCAGGACGCCUUCGACGUGCUGGGCUUCAGUGCUGAGGAGAAGAUAGGUGUCUAUAAGCUGACGGGGGGCAUCAUGCACUUUGGGAACAUGAAGUUCAAGCAGAAGCCCAGAGAGGAGCAAGCUGAAGUGGACACCACUGAGGUGGCUGACAAAGUCGCCCAUCUCAUGGGUCUCAAUUCCGGUGAACUCCAGAAGGGCAUCACCAGGCCCCUGGUCAAGGCGGGCAAUGAGUUUGUGCAAAAAGGCCAGAACAUGGAUCAGUGCCACAACUCCAUCGGGGCCCUGGGCAAGGCGAUCUACAACAAGAUGUUCAAGUGGCUGGUAGUCAGGAUUAACAAGACUUUGGACACCAAGAUGCAGAGGCAGUUCUUCAUCGGGGUGCUGGACAUUGCUGGCUUCGAGAUCUUUGAGUUCAACAGCUUUGAGCAACUGUGCAUCAACUUCACCAAUGAGAAGCUGCAGCAGUUCUUCAACCACCACAUGUUUGUGCUGGAGCAGGAAGAGUACAAGAGGGAGGGCAUCGAGUGGGUCUUCAUCGACUUUGGCCUUGACCUGCAGGCCUGCAUUGACCUCCUGGAAAAGCCCAUGGGCAUCUUCUCCGUCCUGGAGGAACAGUGUGUCUUCCCCAAAGCUACAGAUGCCACAUUCAAGGCAGCCCUGUAUGACAACCACUUGGCCAAGUCAAGCAACUUUCUUAAGCCCAAGGGGGGCAAGGGCAAGGGCCCCGAGGCCCACUUCGAGCUUAUCCACUAUGCAGGCACUGUGAGCUACAACAUCACAGGCUGGCUGGAGAAGAACAAAGACCCCCUGAAUGAAACAGUGGUGGGCUUGUUCCAGAAAUCGUCCCUGGGACUCCUGGCCCUUCUCUUCAAAGAAGAGGAGGCUCCAGCUGGAACCAAGAAGCAAAAGAGAGGGUCCUCCUUCAUAACAGUUUCCAACUUCUAUAGGGAGCAGCUGAACAAGCUGAUGGCCACCCUCCACAGCACAGCCCCCCAUUUUGUCCGCUGCAUUGUUCCCAAUGAGUUUAAGCAAUCAGGCAUCCUGGCCAAGCUCGAGGACAUGCGGGACGAGCAUCUGGCCAAGAUCAUGACGAUGCUGCAGUGUCGGCUCUGGGGUUUCCUCAUGAGGCCUGAGUCUUGCUGCCCCAGACCACAUGGGCAACGUAGGGUCCUGAUAAAGUAUUUUUGUGUCUGCACCAAGUACAUCUACUGGCUUCCAUUCCCUGCCCAGCCCCUCCCCAGAGAAGCCAGGUCCAGACACCUUCAUUUUAACCCAUGCAAUCCCAAUUCUUUUUGCAGAAUUGGCCUGAAAGUCAUUCAGCGGAAUGUGUGCAAGUUCCUGAAGCUACGUUUCUGGGGCUGGUGGAAGCUCUACAAUAAGGUCAAGCCACUCCUGAAUGUGGCUCAGCAAGAGGAGGAGAUGAAAGUCAAGGAAGUGGAGCUGAGGAGUACCAUGGCCAAGACCCAGGAGCUGCUCAAUAAGGUCAAGGAAAUGGAGGAGAAGAUGGCCACACUCAGCCAGGAGAAGAAUGACCUCACCAUCCAGCUGCAGGCUGAGCAAGAGAACCUGAUGGAUGCAGAGGAACGCCUGACCCAAAUGAUGAAGACCAAGAUGGAGCUGGAGAGCUCCAUCGCAGACAUGCGGGAGUGGCUGGAGGAGGAAGAGGGCACAGCAGCCUCGCUGAGUGCUGCCAAGCACAGGCUAGAGGGGGAGCUGAGUGACCUGAAGAGGGACUUGGAGGGCCUUGAAACCACGCUGGCUAAGACAGAGAAGGAGAAGCAGGCCCUGGAUCACAAGGUCUGCACCCUGAGUGGGGACCUCUUGCUCCGUGAAGACUCCAUUGCCAAGCUCCAGAAGGAGAAGAGGGCCCUGGAAGAGCUGCACCAGAAAACCCUGGAUGACCUGCAAGCUGAGGAGGACAAGGUGAACCAUCUGACCAAGAACAACAGCAAACUGAGCACCCAGAUCCACGAGCUGGAGGAUAACUGGAAGCAGGAAAAGAAACUCUGGGCAGAGGUGGAAAAGGCUCGCCGGAAAGCUGAGGGUGACUUGAAGAUGACCAUUGACAAGCUCAAUGAGAUGUUGCGCUCCAAGCUGGAUCUUGAGGAGGUGGUGAAAAAGAGGGAUAUGGAAAUAAAUUCUAUCAAUUCUCAAUAUGAGGAUGAGCAGUCUCUGAACUCCACACUGCAGCGGAAACUAAAGGAACACCAGGCCCGAAUUGAAGAGCUGGAGGAAGAACUGGAAGCUGAGAGGGCAAUGAGAGCCAAGAUUGAGCAGAACCGCAAGCGGGAGGCCGAGUCGCUAAAGCUGCGGCGUGAGCUGGAGGAAGCGGCCCUGCAGAGCGAGGCAACAGCCUCCACGCUGCGCAAGAAGCACACGGACUCCAUGGCUGAGCUGACAGAGCAUGUGGAGAGCCUGCAGAGGAUCAAGUCCAAGCUGGAGAAGGACAAGCAAGUGAUGAAGGCUGAGAUCGACGACCUCAAUGCCAGUGUGGAGACGAUGCAGAAGUCCAAGCUGAACACAGAGGCCCACGUCAGAAAGCUGGAAGACAGCUUAUCAGAAGCCAACGCCAAGGUGGCAGAGCUGGAGAGAAACCAGGCAGAAAUCAAUGCCAUUAAGACCUGCCUCCAAGCUGAAAAUAGUGAACUGAGCCAGGAACAUGAAGAAUCCCAGAGUCGGCUCAAUCAAAUCCUACGGAUAAAGACAUCUCUGACAUCGCAAGUGGAUGAUUACAAGAGGCAGCUGGAUGAAGAGUCGAAGUCCCGCAGCACAGCCGUGGUGAGUCUUGCCAACACCAAGCAUGACCUGGACCUGCUGAAGGAGCAGCUGGAGGAAGAGCAGGGGGGGAAGUCGGAGCUGCAGCGCCUUGUGUCCAAGCUCAACACUGAAGUGACCAGCUGGAGGACCAAGUAUGAGACCAAUGCCAUCCAGGGGACUGAGGAACUGGAGGAGACCAAGAAGCUAGCUGCCAGGCUCCAGGAAGCAGAAGAGGCAGCUGAAGCUGCCCAGGCCUGGGCUGCCUCCCUUGAGAAAAAUAAACAGAGACUCCAGGCAAAAGUCGAAGACCUCACCAUUGACUUGGAGAAGGCCAAUGCUGCAGCCGCCGCCCUGGACAAGAAGCAGAGGCUCUUUGACAAGAUGUUGGCCGAGUGGCAGCAGAAGUGUGAGGAGCUGCAGGUGGAAGUGGACAGUUCACAGAAGGAGUGCCGCAUGUACAUGACAGAGAGCUUCAAGAUCAAGACUGCCUAUGAAGAGUCCCUGGAGCACCUUGAGUCAGUGAAGAAGGAGAACAAGACCCUGCAGGAGGAGAUCAAGGAUCUCAUUGAUCAGCUCGGAGAGGGAGGACGGAGUGUGCAUGAGCUGCAGAAGUUAAAGAAAAAAUUGGAGAUUGAGAAGGAAGAACUCCAAGUGGCCCUGGAAGAAGCUGAGUCUUCCCUAGAGGUUGAAGAGAGCAAGGUGAUCCGAAUUCAGUUGGAACUGGCUCAGGUCAAAGCUGACAUUGACCAGAGAAUCCACGAGAAAGAAGAAGAAUUUGAAGCUACUAGGUAUGGAGCUGAUGGAAUGGGAGGCUGACUUUUAGCCAGUAUGAUGGUGUAGGGCCAGAAACCUAGGUCUCUGCCACUUAGUAGUCAUGUGACCUUGGGCAAUUCACAUGAACCUCUCUCAACCUCAGUUUCCUCAUCUAUUAAAUAGAAAUAAUGAUAGUGCCUUACAGUAAUGUGGCACUGGUUUAGGAACACUUAAGCACAUAGUAUUUUAGCCAUGUUGGCUAAUGAUGCUGAACAUCGUUUAUGUGCUUACUAGCCAUUUGUAU